AAGGCCUCGUUGCUGUUGCUGGCGGGAGAUUUCAGCAUGGCGGCCUCCGCGGAUCCUUCUCAGCGUGACGGCGGGUCAGCCUCAGACGCCGGGUUCGUGCGCGCGGUGUUGGCGCUGCCCACUAAACCCGACACCACAGUGCGUUUCUUUGAGCGAGGCGAUUACUACACGGUGCAUGGCGAAGAUGCCGCGCUGGCGGCCAAGGAGCUUUUCCGGACGCGGGAAGUUAUUCGAAUCCUGGGCACAGGAGCCCAGAAACUUGAAAGUGUUUCGCUUAGCAAGAUGAACUUUGAGUCUUUUUUGAGGGAUCUACUUCUAGUUCGUCAAUACAGGGUAGAAGUGUACAAGAACAAAGCAGGAAGUAAAUCCUCUAAAGAGAAUGAGUGGCGCUUGGCAUACAAGGGCUCUCCAGGAAACCUUGCCCAGUUUGAGGAUAUUCUGUUUGGUAACCAUGACAUGUCUUCUUCUGUUGGUGUUAUGGGUAUCAAGCUCUUCCAAGCUGAUGGACAAAAAGUUGUUGGAGUUGGGUUUGUAGAUUCUUUGGAGAGAAAACUGGAAGUGUGUGAGUUCCCUGAUAAUGAUCAGUUUUCAAACCUUGAAGCUCUGCUAGUUCAGAUUGGACCCAAAGAAUGUGUUCUCCCUGUGGGAGAGACUGCUGGAGAUAUGGGAAAACUGAGACAGGUCAUUCAAAGAGGAGGAAUUAUGAUCACAGACAGGAAAAAGAGUGAAUUUUCAACAAAAGAUAUUGUGCAAGAUCUCAAUCGCUUGCUGAGGAUGAAAAAGAAACAGCAGAUAUCCAGUGCAGCACUACCUGAAAUGGACAAACCUGUUGCCAUCUCUUCUUUGUCUGCAGUGAUCAAGUAUUUAGAACUUCUAAAUGAUGAGUCUAAUUUUGGGCAAUUUGAACUCGGCACCUUCGACCUCAGUCAGUACAUGACACUGGAUCAUGCUGCUGUCAGAGCUCUUAAUCUUUUCCAGAAUUCUUCAGAAAAUGCCCUUGGCACACAGUCUCUGGUAGGACUGUUGAAUAAGUGCAAAACCCCUCAAGGACAGAGGCUUGUGAACCAGUGGAUCAAACAGCCUCUGAUGGACAAGAACAGAAUAGAGGAAAGGCUAAAUUUGGUGGAGGCCUUUGUGGAUGAUGCGGAACUACGGCAGUCUCUUCAAGAGGACCACCUCCGUCGCUUCCCAGACUUCAAUCGGCUGGCAAAAAAAUUUCAGAGGAAAUCAGCCACUCUGCAGGACUGUUACAAGAUGUACCAGGCUGUUAAUCAGAUUCCUAAUGUGGUGAAAGCACUGGAGAAAAAUGAAGGAAAGCAUGAUACGCUAUUGCAAGCAGUGUUCAUGUCUCCUCUUAAUGAGUUGUUCUCCGAUUUCUCCAAGUUUCAACAGAUGAUCGAAACAACUUUAGACAUGGAUAAGGUGGAAAUCCAUGAAUAUCUUGUGAAACCUUCCUUUGAUCCCAAUCUGUCUACAUUGAGAGAAAAGAUGAAUGAGCUAGAGGAAAAAAUGCAGGAGGUGCUGAAGACAGCUGCCAGGGAGCUAAGUUUGGAACCUGGCAAGAGCAUCAAAUUGGAAUGCAAUGCACAAUAUGGGCAUUUUUUCCGGAUUACCUACAGGGAGGAGAAAGUACUGAGGAACAAUCUGAAAUACAGUGUCUUGGAAACCCAGAAGAAUGGUGUGAAGUUCUCCAACAGUAAAUUGAAAGAGCUCAAGGAAGAAUACGCAAAGAACAGAGGAGAAUAUGAAGAAGCUCAGGAUGUUAUUGUUAAAGAAAUUAUAAACAUUGCAUCAGGAUACAAGGACCCCAUACAGUUUCUGAGUGAAGUCAUAGCCCAGCUGGAUGCAGUUGUCAGUUUUGCUCAUGCGUCGAAUGUCGCACCUGUGCCCUAUGUACGCCCAGAGAUUCUGGAAAUGGGAGAAAGGAGGAUUAUACUGAAAGGCUCAAGACACCCCUGUAUCGAAGUUCAAGAUGAUGUUGCCUUCAUUCCAAAUGAUGUGACCUUUGAGGGCGACAGUCAGAUGUUCCACAUCAUUACUGGACCGAACAUGGGAGGGAAAUCAACCUACAUUCGCCAGACCGGUGUGAUAGUUCUUAUGGCUCAAAUUGGGUGUUUUGUGCCCUGUGACUCUGCAGAGGUGUCUAUUGUCGAUAGUAUACUGGCUCGAGUAGGAGCUGGAGACAGUCAGCUGAAGGGGGUGUCUACCUUCAUGGCAGAAAUGCUGGAAACAUCUUCCAUCCUUAGGUCUGCUACAGAAAACUCAUUGAUAAUCAUCGAUGAACUGGGAAGAGGAACUUCUACAUAUGAUGGCUUUGGGUUGGCAUGGGCUAUCUCAGAAUAUAUUGCCACCAAAAUUGGAGCUUUCUGUAUGUUUGCAACUCAUUUCCAUGAAUUGACAGCUCUUGCUGACCAGGUUCCCUCUGUGAAUAACUUGCAUGUCACAGCGCUGACCACUGAGGACUCCCUGACGAUGUUGUACCGUGUGAAAAAAGGGUUUUGUGACCAGAGUUUUGGAAUCCACGUAGCAGAGCUUGCUGCCUUUCCACAACAUGUGAUAGAGAAUGCAAAGGCAAAAGCUCUGGAAUUAGAGGAGUUCCAGCAUACUGGAAAGCCCCAGGAGGCGGAUGAAGAACCAGCAGCCAAAAGAUGCUACGAAGAAAAGCAGGAAGGUGAAAAAAUAAUCCAGGAUUUUCUUUCGAAAGUGAAUGCAAUGCCACUGAAAAACAUGUCUGAGGAACAAAUCAGAGUCAAGCUGAAGCAGCUCAAAGAGGACAUCUUGGCAAAGAACAACAGCUUUGUGAAUGAAAUCAUUUCCCGAGCUACAGUUCGUUCAUGAGAUAAAACGGCUGUACAAAACGACAUUGAACUUGAGCUUUUUAGGCGCAGACUGCAUGGCAUAGCAGACUGACAUAGUCCACCACCACCACCACCACCAGUUGCAGCUCUUUCCCCUCCCCCCUGUUUCUCCUCUGCUACUUUCUCCUGUCACACUCAGAAAGGCAGAAGGCCAGAUGGGAGAUCAUGCUGUGCGUUUCCUUGCCCCUGCAAGAAGCAGCAGACAAUGACCGAUCAAGAGUAGGAAAGAAGAGACACAAUUAGAUUGGGAGAUGGACCAGAGGUAUAUGUUUCAGCACCAUCCAUGCGCUGACAAUAGUUCUUGCCUCAAUAGAAGCAGAUGUCUUUUUUCUGGACCAGGGGAUGUGGGACCCUGAUAAUGCUUUGUAAUGUUUUGUUCUGACUGCUAAAAUAACUUUUUCCCCUCCAUUUGGUUUUGAAAUAGAGGUAUUUGUUCCACUCACUGUUCUCUGUUUUAUGACUUUGAAUAAAACCGUGAGCUAUUUUUCUGGCUAAAACGUGCUAAUUUCAUAGAGACACAAAAAGCAGAGGAUUUUCGUCAUUUGUGGUUAGAAGUACGUAGGGCUUGGAGCUAUAUGCAUUUUAGGAAUGGUGAAAAGUUCUGGACACAGAUCCCACAGUAUCACCUGAUUUGGCCC